AUGGUGCUCUCGCUACCGGUCCCCAGCUUCGCGAGAUCCUCUGCAUCUCCGCCACGCCCCGCCGAGGGCACCGCGCCCUCGUCCCGCCGACAUCGCGGCUCCGCCUCCACAUCUUCGUCCAGUUCCUCGUCCAGCCGGAAUGUCUGGAAAUCGCCCGUUCCUGGAAUCGGAACCUCAUCCUCGAACAGCACUUCUGUUACGCUGAGCGAGGCUUUGCGCAAUAACCCAUUCGGGAGCACAUCGCGGUCCCGUUCAGUUCAGGUCUCCGCUGAGGAUGUCGAAGAGCAGAAAAGGGAACAGGAUGAGCUUAACACGGCACUGGAGACCCUUGCAAGAAUUUUUCCAGAUGUUAGAAUCGAGGUCUUUCGAGAGCUGCUCGUGAGAUUUGAUGGUGACAGCAGGCUGCAGAUCUGUGUUGAACAGCUUCUGAGACAUAAGGAGAAGUGGGUGUCGGGGAGAUGGAACAUCCCUUCUGGGCAGGGCAAGGGCGAGGAGGGAGACACGGAUGACCGAGGUGACCGUCUACAGGUCGGGGAGGAUCUAGAAGGCGAGGAGUAUCUGGUCCCUCUUGAAGAACGCUUUCGAUCGGACGAUUACAAGGCGAUGGUUAGGGCGGUUUUGAGCAAGGAAUACAGCAGUCUGAGCAAGAGUGUCAUUGAGGCUGUGCUGGCUGAGGCGAACUUCAGCUACAAGCGUGCCAGACCGACAUUACGAGAUCUAUCACGUCGAACUUGGCGAGCUACAUUCAACAGUAUUCUUCCGUCGUUUCGGAAGAAGAAGGAUAGAGAGGAACAUCUGCUUGUGGUGUGGCAGCGAGGCCUUGAUGGCGAGUCUUUGCCCCGAUUGAAGGAGACCGGUUGCGUGGAGUUGGAUGCUGAACUAUACGACACACUCGUGGCUCCCGUGUUACAACAACGACGCGAGGAGCAAGAGCUCGGAGACUUCCGGUUUGCUGCUUCUAUCAACGGGGAAGAAGCUCGAGCUGCUGAUGCUCUCUAUGAGUGCGAGUGCUGCUUCGGUGACGCGACCUUCGAGGAAAUCGCGACUUGCUCGGCCGAUGCCCAUGUCAUUUGCUAUCAAUGUAUCCAACGGACUACCCACGAAGCCUUAUUUGGCCAAGGAUGGGGCAAGUCUAUAGACUUGGAACGUUCCACAUUAAAAUGUCUAGCACCAUUGUCCAUCGGAUCUUGCGAUGGCUGUCUUCAUCCACUGGCUGUCCAACAGGCCAUCUUACAGGAUACAGCUGGCAUUGAGACACUUCGGAAGUUCGAAGAUCGCUUGGCAUCCGAGGUACUUCUCAAAUCACAGCUCAAGCUUGUCCGAUGCCCAUUCUGUUCCUACGCCGAAGCCGACCCGAUCUAUCAUUCGGUGUACGUUGGCUGGCGCUUACGUCGUGAUGGCGAUAUAAUCCCGACUAUUCUUAUGAUCCUUCUCAUUCUCGACCUUGUCCCGAUCCUUAUUAUUCCUUUCUUUGUCCUCCUUAUCCUAGACCCAUCCUCCCUCACUGCCAUAUUUAAGACCGCCAUCCGACACCUCUGCCUCAAAACUCGACCUAAGCGAUUCACAUGCGCCAAUCCCUCAUGUAAACGCGUCAGCUGCAUGAUCUGCCAAAAGUCCUGGCGCGACCCCCAUGUCUGCCAUGAACCCCUUCUAACUGACCUUCGCGCCACUGUCGAAGCUGCCCGCACAGCAGCUGUGAAACGGACAUGCCCUCGCUGUGGCCUAUCCUUUGUCAAAUCCUCCGGCUGCAACAAACUCACCUGCGUUUGCGGCUACUCAAUGUGCUACCUCUGCCGCAAAGCCCUCGGUCCACCUCUCCAACCCACCCGCCGCAACGCACGUCCCAGAGAUCUAGAUAUCUAUGACGGCCCGGCCGAUGACUUAGAUAACGCUGCAAUGAAUGACAUGUCGGACGACGAAUUCGAAGAACCUCAAGGCUACAAGCACUUCUGCGAACACUUCCGCAUCAAUCCCGGCUCUAGCUGCACCGAAUGUAGCAAAUGCGACCUCUACCAGGCUGAAGACGAAGAAGCCGUUGCCCGACGUGCCGGUGAAAAAGCAGAGCGCGAAUGGCACCUCCGGCAUGGCGAUUCUGCAUCAGGCAGCGAACCCACCCUUGGCCUUCGGAAUGUCAAUCAAGACCUCUCCGCCGGUACCGAGGGCCCUGUCUCUCGUCGCGUCUCCAACUCAUUGUGGGACCUCAAAUUCCCAACACCAGGCAAUACGUGGACUUACUGGCUCACCGAUGUGUGGAUGGACGGGCGGUGGAAACGUGAAGGCCAGGCUCUGGUCAAUUGGAUCGUGGAACGCACAGUCGUGAUUGAAGACGUCUAG